AUGGGGUCUACCGAAGAGACAAGUGAUCUAGCCCGCUUUUACAACAACGAACAAUUCUCAGACGUCGUUGUCAAAUUUGGCGAGAGUAGAUUGUACGCACACAAGGUCAUUCUUGCAAAACGGUCUGCAUAUUUUGCAAGAGCUUUUCUUGGCCAAUUCGCUGUCGCCUCAAGCUCUACUAUUGAUCUAGGAGAUGAAGAUGAUCCCCAGAUGAUUCGCGAGAUGAUACAAUCAAUGUACGCCUGCGAUGAUACACUCAGACCAGACGAGAGAUCCCUAGCAAUGCUAGUUGAUACGUUCAUAAUCGCCGACAAGUACGAUCUUCUGCAGCUACGCCGCAAGAUUCCUGAUGCAUUCGAGACUAAGCUAUCUGACGAUUACUCCCGCAAUGCAGACGAGUUUGUUCGAUUGAUCAUAGCUAGGGUCUGCGGGCCUACUGCCAUCCGAUUUGCCGACAAGGGCUUACAGCGCUCGGUUAUGAACCAUUGUAAGAUGCAUCUCACAGAUCUGCUCCAAGACCGGCGAUUUGUCGAGCAAUACACUGGAGGAACACUAUUUGACAGCGAAUUUGCCCUGGCUUUCAAUCUCCAUAUGGGCAAGAGCGCGCUUGAGAAAAAUGGUCUCGUCCCUACGCUACUCAAAGACUAUGAACCGAAGAUGAAGCCGUCUCCUACAAGCACGCCUCCUGGAUUCUUCAACGACCAGUCGCUUUCCGAUGUCAUCAUAUACUAUGGUCACGGCCAGUCCAUCUUUGCUCAUAAGAUUAUCCUUGCAGCUCCGCCUUCCCCGUCAUAUUUCCACCGCAUCCUCGAGGAAUCUCCAUCGAUCGACUGUAUCGCGCUUAGUAGCCAAGAUGAGCCCAGAUUGAUCGAAACUUUGAUACAUGAUCUCUACGAUAUGAAUUACCAUCCUGACCCAGAGGACUGGACCACGUAUCUUGCAGACAUGUAUUUGAUGGCCGAGAAAUACGGCCUGGGCAAGAUUGUCAAUAGCUAUCUGGACGCCUUCGAUGAGGUAUUCUACGAGGAUAUGACUAUGUCUAAGUAUGCUCUACAAGUUGCAAAGUUCUGUGGUCCUUCUGCUCUUGCGUGCUACGCCGACACGGAACUCUCAGAAAAGGUAUUCUCUGCUAUACUCAUGGACCCUAGCUUGCUACUGGAUGAGAACCAGAUGUUCUGCGAUAUGCUCGAGGCCGGAACGUUGUUUAACCACAAAUUUGCAGGCCGCUUCACUACAAAGAUUGUUGAGAUGUUGAGAGAUGUAGAGGGAGCCUUGUGA